UCGUACAUCCCUACCCACAUGGAUGGGUCUUAAGUAGUUUAAAAAUGGCUGCAUUAAAAAGUAUCGUGAAAAUUCCACAUUCUAUUCAAAAUAUCACGAAAUUAAUAACUAAAGUAUCAUUAUCUACGAAUUCUCUCAUACACAAAUCACCAGUAAAUAUUUUCCAUAAAUCAUGUUUGAAACAAAGUACUGCUGGAUUUCAUACAACUACAAAACGACACGAUCUUAUGGAAUUUUUCGAUGAAGAAAAAAACUGGGGUCAGGACCGUAUAAGAGUUGGACGUUCGUGGAAUAAAGAUGAGUUGAGACUCAAAAGUAAUCAAGAUCUUCACAAAUUAUGGUAUGUCCUUUUAAAAGAAAAAAAUAUGCUUAUGACUAUGGAGCAUGAAUGUAACCGAGCAUAUGAAUACUUUCCUAACCCAGAACGUAUUGAUAAAGUUGAAGAUAGUAUGGCUAAUUUAGAACAAGUUGUGCGAGAAAGAAAUAUAGCUUUUCAUGAACUCGAAACUGGUGAACAUGGGGAACGACCAUCGCGAUAUGUGAACAGUCAACUUGGUUUAAAAUUUCGUUACAAGCUAACUGAACAUGUUAUACCUUACUUUAUGAAUAGUCAAUGGAAGAAAAGUCAUAUUUUCCGAUAUGGAGGUAAUGCAGUAUCUAAGUUCAGGUCUUUGUAUCGUGAGAAAUUAUUUAUAGAAAAAAAGAGAGAAAUUAGUCAUCAAAAUAACUUAGUAAAGGUUAUCCUCAAACGUUUCCCGAAUGUGGACAAAGAAGCAUUGAAAGCCGCCUAUCCUAAAGCUAAUGUCGAAAAACUCUUGAGCCAUCCACGUUCAAGGGGUCAUUAUGUACCUUAAUUAUCUUAUUUAAAAUAAAAAAGUUAAAAUAAUUAAAUCGUGAGUUAAAGAUAAAAUUU